AUGGAACCUUUCUCGGACAAUGCUCAUAUUCAAAGUGCCAAAAAUCAAUUAGCUAUGGAACAUGGUGUGAGUAACUGCAAUGGUAAAAUCUGGCUCUUUUGGAACAUGGACAUUGAUUGUGUAAUUCUAGAGGAGGAUGAACAACAAAUUACGUGUGAAUUUAAGCAUAAUGAAAUCCAAAACCACUUCACCAUCACUUUUGUGUAUGCCAAAUGUAAAGACCAUCUCAGAAGACCUUUGUGGGAUAGAAUGUUACAUCAAUCUGCUGAUAUUGUGAGACCUUGGUGUUCAGUGGGAGAUUACAAUGUCAUUACUUCUAUUGAAGAAAAACUGGGAGGGGUUCCUUACAACAUGAGGAAAAGUCUUGAAUUCAUAGCCGUUAUUGAAGCCUGUGGUCUUAUAGAUUUAGGCUUCAGUGGACAGAAAUUUACUUGGUCCAACAACAGGGGUAUACAACAGAGAGUUUGGAAAAGACUGGACAGAGCCCUUGUUAAUGAUGCUUGGUUGGAAAAAAUGCCUCAGACUACUAUCACCCACCUACCCUCAGUAGGGUCAGACCACUAUCCCUUAUUGAUGGAAAUGAAUGCUAGGGAGGAUGAUCACAUCAAAUAUUUCAAAUUUCUUAAUUGCUGGACUGACCAACCUAAUUUCCUUGAAACUGUUAAAGCCUGCUGGGACAGAAAUGUUGAGGGUAACAACAUGUGGAAAUUUCAUCAGAAAAUGAAGAGAUUGUCCAACACUCUUAGCAACUGGUCCAGAGAGGAGUUUGGGGAUAUUUUUGCAAAAGUCAGGGAUUUUGAGGAGAAGGUCAAAACAAUGGAGGAGCAACUGAUUCAAGAUCCUAGUGAGGAUAAUAGAUCCACUCUUCACGAACUCAAUGCUAGGUAUAUCAAAUUCCUGAAGAUAGAAGACUCCAUUUUGAAACAGAAAACACAGCUACAGUGGUUCAAGGAAGGUGACUGCAAUACAAAAUAUUUCCACUCUCUGAUAAGGGGAAGAAGAAGAAGGCUUUUCAUCCAUAAAAUUAUCAGAGAAGAUGGGGAAUGGAUACAGGGAGAUGAGGUUAUUGCUGAAGCUGCCUGCGAACACUUCCAGAAAAUUUUCACAGGAGAUAACAAAAUCAUUAAGGAGGAUGUAUUAGACUGUAUACCACAGAUGGUCACCCAGGAACAAAAUGAAGGACUUACUGCUAUGCCUAAUCUGGAAGAGCUGAAGGAAGUAGUACUCUCAAUGAACCCCAACUCUGCAGCUGGUCCUGAUGGGAUGAAUGGUUAUUUUUUCCAAAAGUGUUGGCACAUUAUCAAACAUGAUCUUCUUGGUGUUGUUCAUGCAUUCUUUUGUGGACAAAUGAUUCCCAAGUAUUUCUCUCACUCCUGCAUCGUGCUCCUUCCUAAGGUGAAAAAUCCUAACAAACUUUCGGAAUUCAGGCCCAUUAGUCUAAGCAACUUCACUAGCAAGAUUAUAUCUAAGCUAGUAAGUUCUAGACUAAGUCCUAUUCUACCUAGUUUGGUUUCCCUUAAUCAGUCGGGAUUCGUCAAAGGGAGAAGUAUUUCUGAAAACAAUAUGUUGGCCCAAGAAAUUAUCCACCAAAUUAAGAAACCUAAUAUUGGAAGCAAUGUUAUUAUUAAACUGGAUAUGGCCAAAGCGUAUGACAGGGUUUCGUGGUCUUAUAUAUGUUUGGUGUUACGAAGGAUGGGUUUUGAUGAAGUUCUUAUCGAUAUGAUUUGGAGAAUCAUGGCUAACAAUUGGUACUCUAUUAUUGUUAAUGGCAAAAGGCAUGGUUUCUUUCAAUCCACGAGAGGACUCAAGCAAGGCGAUCCGUUAUCUCCUGCCCUAUUUAUUUUAGGCGCAGAGGUACUUUCCAGAUCACUGAACAGGCUGUACAACAACCCCGAUUACUAUGGCUUCUUCAUGGAGCCUAAUGGACCUCAAGUGAAUCAUUUAAGCUUUGCGGAUGAUAUUAUCCUCUUCACUUCAGGAAGACAGAAAACACUACAGCUUAUCAUGCAAACUCUCCAGUCCUAUGAGCAGUCCUCAGGCCAAUCAGUUAACACCGAGAAAAGCCAUUUCAUGGUUCACUCGAGUGCAUUCAACAGCACCAAGGACAGAAUCAAAAGAAUAACAGGUUUCAGGCAAAAGGAGGGCCCUAUCACCUAUCUCGGAUGCCCUCUAUUUGUUGGUAGACCUAGAAUUAUUUAUUUUUCUGACCUUAUUAACAAAGUUUUAUGCAGGAUCACAGGAUGGCAGACUAAACUUUUAAGUUAUGGUGGUAGAGCAAUCCUUGUCAAGCAUGUUUUACAAUCCCUACCUAUUCACUUAUUAGCUUCAGUAACACCUCCAGUCACUGUCCUCAGGCAGAUCCAAAGCAUUACAGCUGACUUCUUUUGGGGAUGGAGGAAUGAGAAGAAAAAAUACCAUUGGUCGUCAUGGAAAAAUUUAAGCUUUCCGUACGAUGAAGGAGGUGUUGGUAUGAGGAACCUCAAGGAUGUGUGUUUAGCCUUCCAAUAUAAACAAUGGUGGAUUUUUAGAUCUAAACAAACUCUUUGGGGGGAUUUUUUGAAGGCUAAAUAUUGCCAAAGGUCUAACCCAAUCAUUAAGAAAUGGGAUACAGGGGAGUCAUUGACAUGGAAACAUCUUAUGCAUAACAAGAUUCAAGUCGAAAAACACAUUCAGUGGAAGCUCAACUCUGGCAACUGCUCCUUUUGGUGGGAUAAUUGGCUGGGCAUUGGACCAUUAGCUCACUACUCUACCAAUAGCAACAGAUUCAACAACACCACAGUGGCAGAAUUUCGACUGAAUGGACAAUGGAACUGGAACAAGCUUCUACAACAAGCACCUAACAGUCAAUUGGCCAGCAUUCUCUCCACAGAGCUCUCCAACCAGCAGGAUCUCCCAGACUUAGCAAUAUGGAAACCAUGCACGGAUGGAAACUUUAGCUGUUCAUCUGCCUGGAAUGAGAUCAGGGAAAAGAGGAUCAAGACCAACUUUAAUUCAUUCAUUUGGCAUAAGUGUAUCCCUUUUAAAAUUUCAUUUCUUUUGUGGAGAUUACUAAGAGGCAAACUCCCCACUAAUGAAAAAUUAACUAACUUUGGCAUUGAGCCAACAAGUUGUUUUUGUUGUUGUAACAGGUCUGGCUUAGACACGAUAGAACACAUAUUCAACACCGGACAAUUCGCGACAUAUGUGUGGAGAAGCUUUGCAGAUACUGCUGGAAUCAGUCGGGAUCACAGCUCUAUUACUCAACUCAUUAUUCAAUGGUGGUCAGCGAAGUACAACAAUGAAGCACACAAACUGCUACUACAAGCGACACCAUUAUUAAUUUGUUGGAAUCUCUGGAAGAAUCGCUGUGCUAGUAAAUACGGAGGCAAAUCGUCCAAUAUUAGUCGAGUCAAAUACGCCAUCUACAAGGACAACUACAAACUAAUGUGUACUAACUUCCCCCAAAUCAAAUGGCCUUCAAAUUGGAAGGAACUGAUUCAGUUGGGGGAGAGCUGUAGUCAUGAUACCAAAGUGACUCUCGUUAAAUGGAUAAAGCCGCCAGAUAGUUGGGUCAAAAUUAACACGGAUGGCAGUGCAUUAAACAACCCGGGCAGAAUAGGAGCAGGCGGCAUCCUAAGGGAUCAAAUGGGAGCAAUGCUAUUAGCAUUUGCUACUCCUUUGGGGGAAGGCACUAACAAUCAAGCCGAAAUAGGAGCAGCCUUUUUUGGCAUGACUUGGGUACUUCAGCUAGGGUAUAAGAAGGUUGUUCUGGAAGUGGACUCACAAUUACUUGUAGACUGGAUCACGCAGAAAACCAGACCUCCAUGGAACAUCAGCACACAACUACAACAGCUGCAGGAACUCAUCACACAAACACACAGCUUUCGGUGCAAACACACAUACAGAGAGGCUAAUUUUGUGGCAGAUUCUUUAUCAAAGCAAAGUCACAAGCUUAAUUAUCCCCAAAUAUACUGUAACAUCCAGCAACUACCAAGAGAAGCAAGAGCCUAUUAUCAACUAGACAUAGCCGAGAUGGAUAUGAAUACGAGUGCUAAUCGGAGGAGAACGGAAGUGAAGAUAGAUGAUGGGAGAGUUCCUCCCCAAGGAGUGCAAGGUGACCAAGCUCCUUUAGGUGGGCAAGAGAAUAUGGUUCCGGUGGCUCCCCCGGUUAUGACUAAUGGGUAG